AUGGUGGCCACUGCUACCUUGGUCAUGGCUGCCAAUCCAUUCGAUACUAGCACUCAACCAUUUGCAAUUGGUGGUGCUUUCAAGAGAUUGGAAAAGAAGUCUCCUUCAACAUUUGCUUGUUAUAACUCAACCCUCUCUGAUUGGGCUGAAUUGAGAUGGGGUGAAGUCUAUCAUAUUGGAACUGCCAGUUACAAGGUUCAAUUGAAGACUGGUGAAGUGAUCUUUAUCAUGACCAACGGAGGCAAUCAUUUGAUCUAUGUUGGUUCUACCACCACAGUCUCACCUGCCCUCUUGUCCACCAAGAGUACUGUGAUCCAAGGAUCUAUCAGUCAAGUCUUCCUUUCAUUUGAUCACAAGAAGUUGUACGUUGCUGGUUCCAUCUCAAGAGUUGGUGGUACCACUUUGACUUCUACUUCUGGAAUCAGAGUCAUCUCCUUCAGUAUUAGCUCAUUGACUCAAGGAGCUUUGACUACCUACACUGAACACACUUCUAACUAUGCCUUGACCAAUACUUUGAGCUCUUGCGUCACUAAUUUGUAUGCUUUGGGUAACGGUAAUUUGGUUUGUUAUCAAGGAACAGUUUUGGGUAGCCACUCCUUCAUUGCCUAUGAUGGCAACACUUGGAGAACCUUCACUCCAGCUUCCGUUGGUAACACUGUUGCUUUUGCUGACUUUUUGGUUCAUCAACCAACCGGAACCUUGUAUGCCAAGGGUGUUGAUACCACUUCUAGAGCAACCAGUUUCUACAAGUAUGAUUCGAACAGUGAUUUCCAAAACAUUAGAACUUUGAGUGUUCCUCCAUCCUAUGCUAGUGCUUUCAAUUUUGUUGCUCAAUGGACUUUGGGUUCCGACUCCUUGUACUACACUUUGACUGUUGGUAACAAUGUUUAUGACAGUGCUGUUGCUUCUCAAAACGUUCAACAAUUCAAAUUGGACUCUCCUGCUACCUCUGUUUCUUUGGGUACUACUCGUUUGUCUGGUGCCUUGACAAGAGUUGCUGCUGAUAACAGCUCUAUUGCUCAAUAUGUCACUGCCAUGUAUUAUGAUUUCAAUAUCAAGAAGUUGGUUUUGGCUUUGAACACUGAUAACAUUUAUCAAGUCUAUGGUUCAAGAGAUACUUGGUCCGAUGAUAACGCUGUUGCUUACAGAUUCCAAUUGAUGGGAGAGUUGUUGGCCUAUGAUGAGACUUCAUCCAAAUAUGUUGUUCCAUACGGAGGUGGUUACAGAUUGAACACUGCUACCUUGUUGUACUCAUCUGCUGAAUCCGGAGUGACUUGUGUUGUUUCCUCUAAUCCACCUGCAUCAGUGGUCUAUUACAGAACUUGGGCUCCACACUUUGGUCUCUACGAUCCAGCUCAAGACAAAUUCGUUGCUGAUGAUAAGGCUGUGAGUGGUAACGUUGAUACCAUCUUCCCAAGUACUAAGGCUUCCGUCAUCAAUGCUAUUGAGAACUCUCAUGGAAAUGGUAUUGUUUAUAUUGGUGGUUAUUUCAGAUCCAUCAACAAUGUGGUCUAUAACUCGAUUGUUUCCCGUGCUCGUGAUGGUACCUUGUCCGCAUUGGCUGGUGGUUUGCUCCAAGUUGAUUACACCUAUGAAAACUUUGAUAAGGCUGCACCAGGUGAAGUCAAGAAGAUCAUUCGUUCCAACGACAAUAGAUACUUGUUCGUUUUGGGUUCUUUCAAUAGAGCUGGUUCUAUUUUGUGCAAUGGUUUGGCCAUCUACAACAUUGAAAAGGCUACUUGGUCUCGUCCUGAAGGUCUCUUUGAUUCCACUGUUACCUUCACCGAUAUGGAUUACGAUGGAAGAUACUUGUAUGUGAUCGGAUCCAAUUUGGUUCGUGUCGGAAAGUACGUCGUCAAGAAUGUUGCUCGUUAUGAAGUCUCCACUGAUACUUGGUAUCCAAUGAACGGUGGUGUUGAUGCUUCCGGAUCCAAGGUCUUUGUUUACAAUGGAAAGGUUGUUGUUUACGGCCCAUCUACAGGAAGCUCUGUUGGUUUUGUUUCUGGAUUGGCUGUUUGGGACUCCAACUCUUGGAAGACUAUCAGAAUGGACGGAGUGUCUCAACCAAACUCUUGCAGAACUAACAAGUGGUGUACUGAUAACCUCGGAACUGUUGUUCCAACCAUCUAUAAGGGUAAUGCUUACUUUAUCGGUCCUGCUGAUGUUAAGGUUCCAACUGAUAGCUCAUUCUCUGCUAUUGAAACUUAUACUACUGCUGCUGUUCCAGGUUCUGGUUUCUUCAAUUAUCCAAAGUCCAACACUCUUGGUAUUGCUUCUCCAACUGCUAACAACAAGUUCUACGAAUUCAAUUACAACACCAUGAACUUGCAACAUACUCAAACCAGAGAUGAUGGUGACUUGGCUGAUGCUACCAUCCAAGCUAUGAGUACUGGUGCUAGGUUCACUGUUUCUUUGGCUUUGUUGUUGGUUUCUCUCUUGGUUGCUUUGCUCCUCUAA